AUGUAUUUCUAUCAAGGGCUGGGCUCUGCUCUACCAGCAGGACGAGAGUUUGUCACAUCUUUCAUGCAAAACCUUGGGAGUGAUGUGGAAGCUCGCUUCUUGGUUGAGGUUGCAGCUCUGCCCACUUCAAAAGGCAGCACCAAGGUCAAGGUGACUGCCAUGGGUCAGGUCUAUCAGAAGGAAAUUGAUCCUGGUCAGAGUGUGUCGUUCAAGCUCCCCGACACGGUAGAGAUGAAAGGCAGCAUGAAGUCCAGUCAGUCUGUGCUGAUCGAGGCUAGCCAAGAUGUCACUGUGAUGUCUCUUAACUUUAAGAAAUACACGGCAGACACCUCCGUGGUCUACCCGGUGAGGGACUGGGGGACUGAGUACAUAGUAUUCACUCCUACCAGCUCUCAGAGAGACACAUAUAAAGAAUUUUCUAUCACCAACCACAGAGAGCCAAAUUCUGUUGAGUUUUUCCUGCCGGGCUCCGUCCAAUUCCAAGGGAAGUAUUACAGGAGAGGAAGCAAGAUGACCAUAAAGCUGGAGCCAUUUGAGACCGUUCAAAUACAGAGUCUCGAUAACCUGAAGGGGACCAGAGUGAACUCACGCCUCCCUGUCGCUGUGUCCUCGGGACACAGUUGUGUCCAGAAGUACACCGAGUGCAACCACGUCUACGAACAACUCCUUCCCAUAAGCAGCUGGGGGAAAGAAUUCAUUAUCGCACCACUGUCUUAUCAUAAAUUCUUCUCCAAUUUACAUGACAGUGUUUACGUCCAAGCAUCCCAAACCACCAAACUUACCGUCACUGUCAGUGGAAAGGUCCAGACUUACCCUAUAUUUGCAGGACAAACUAUCGAGCUCUACUCUGAGUGGCCGCAUGCCAUGUAUUUGAAAUCUGACAAGGGCAUUCAGGUCCUAUUUGAAUUCAACGGUGGUCCUGAGUAUUCACUAAACUAUUAUGAUCCCUUCUUAAUGACUAUACUGCCCACAAGUAGUUUCAGCACUUCCUACUCGUUGGAGGGACAGGGUGAUUUCUACAACCAUGUCAUAAUUGUGGCUCCGAACGAAGACCUGGAUGGCAUCAAAUUUGACCCUGAGCCCCAGUGGGCCAACUUUAAAUGGCGUAAAGUCGAUGGGACUGUGUUCUCCUGGACUGAUAUCGAAUAUAGCACUGGUGUGAACAGCUAUCAGAUAUCUCACCCCAGUUCUCCAUUUGGAGUCUACAGUUUUGGUGUUGCUUAUGCCAACGGCUAUGGAUCCCCUGCAGCUGCUGACUUAGCAGAGAAACGUGACUGCACUACCAUGAAAUGCUCAGAAGAUGAAGUGUGCCAGAUGAAAGACAACUCCCCAACAUGUGUUAAGAAACCCCCAGAAAUCAAAGAUGGCGCCUGCUGGGCAAUGGGCGAUCCUCACUACCGCACAUUCGAUGGCCACUACUACAACUUCAUGGGCAGCUGCACCUACACGAUGGUCAAGAACUGCCAUGUUGAUGAAGACCACCCAGCGUUUGAGGUCGAUGCUAAGAAUCAAAUCCUUACCGGUUCAAAGGUCACAUAUGUUGGCAAAGUGAUCAUUAAGGUGUAUGGGUACACUGUAACCAUUGUGCGGUCAGAGUUUGGACUUGUCAGGAUGAACUACACAUUGUGGAAUCUCCCCAUCGACUUGGGCAGUGGCAAGUUGAAGCUAUCCCAGAGCGGCCUCUCCGUCAUUGUUGAGACUGAUUUUGGUCUGACCGUGCAGUAUGACUGGAAGGAAUACCUUCUAAUCACGGUACCGAGCAGAUUUUCUGGCAAGGUUUGUGGCCUGUGUGGCAACUUCAACAGCAAAAAGGACGAUGACAUGGUGACUUCAAAUGGUACACUGACCAGUAACGUAGAAACCCUGGGAAGGAGCUGGAGGGUUCCUGAUGAGCCAGACGAUGCUCAGUGUCGAGACGAUUGCCCAGGAGAAUGUGAGACUUGUCAUAAGGAUGGCUUUUUUAGCGGUAUGGCUGACAAAAUAUUUUGCGGUACACUCACCUUCAUCAUGGAUGGACCACUCCAAGAUUGCAAUGCUGUCAUGGACCCCAAGGCCUUUCAUGACAUGUGUUUGUAUGAUGUGUGCAUGGGGGAGGGGAUGAUCAACUUCCUGUGCGACACCUUGCAGGUGUAUGCCGACGCCUCUCCACCCAAGUGCCCACAGAACAGCCAUUAUGAGUUCUGUGGGAAUGCCUGCCCAGCUACCUGUGAAAACCCAGAUGCUGCAACAAAGUGCAACAAAAGCUGCGUGGAGACGUGCGUCUGCAACAAGGGCUUCCUGCUUAGUGGCACCAAGUGUGUGCCUCAGGACCAGUGUGGCUGCUUCUACAAAGGCCACUACAUAGAGUCUGGGGCCUCUUUCCUAACUGAUGACCACUGUAGUGAGAAGUGCACAUGCAACCAAAAGAAAGUUGAUUGUGAGAAACCAGGUUGUCAAAAGGGGUAUGAGUGCAAGGUAGUUGACGGCCUGACGGGAUGUCACCGGAUCAUCUACGCUGAGUGCAGCAUGAAUGGUGGCCCUCACAUGGUGACCUUUGAUAAGCAUGAUUACAACUUCCAGGGCACCUGUGUGUAUCAGCUGGCUGGGGUCUGCUCCAAAGAUCCGUCCCUGCAAAACUUUAAAGUUCUCGUGCAAAAUGACGCUCAUGGCAAAAGAGUUGGCUCUGGUCCAAAGCUGGUGGAGGUCAAAGCUUAUGAAGAUUCCAUUGUUGUCACAAGACGGCACAAAGGCUCAGUCCUGAUAAAUGGAGAACUUACCCACUUACCUGUCACACUCAAAAGCAACAUCACAGUCUACAAAGUUAAUGACUUUGCUGAAAUCAAUACUGAAUUCGGGCUUCAAGUCUCCUAUGAUUGGGGUUCUACGGUGCGUGUCAAAAUCCCUGAUACGUAUGCUGAUGCUAUGUGUGGCCUGUGUGGCAAUUACAAUCACAACCCCAAUGAUGACCUGAAGUUGAAGAAUGGCACGGAAGCGUCGUCUGUGGAGGAGCUAGGGAAAAGUUGGAGGGUUGCAGUGAUCCCCGGUUGUGUUGAUGGUUGCAAGAAUGAGAGUGUCUGUCCCGACUGUGACAUCACAGAGAAAGACAAGUAUGAGACUGAUAGGUACUGUGGUUUAUUAUUGAAGUCCACAGGCCCCUUCCGUGAAUGCCAUGCCAAAAUAAGUCCUGAUGCCAUUUUUAAGAAUUGUGUGUAUGAAAUGUGCCUCUACAACGCCAAGGAAGGGUCCUGGUGCACCCACCUCCGUAGUUACACCCUAGAAUGCCAAGAGCUGGGAGUCAAUGUGUCCCAGUGGAGGACAGACGAAUUCUGUCCCAUAUCUGGGAUGAUGCACUACAACCACUCUCACUAUGAACACUGUGGCGAUGUAUGCCAUGCAACAUGUGACCCAGACUUUCCUCCCAAUGACUGCAAGAGGCCCUGCCAGGAAGCAUGGAUUUGUGAUCACGGCUACCUACUCAGUAACGACGAGUGUGUGCCUGAUGACCAGUGCGGCUGCAAGUACCAAAACAGAAAUUAUGAGGAGGGAGAGAGUUUUCUGUUACCAGACUGCCUCCAGAGAUGCACCUGCUAUGGCAAUGGCAAUGUGAAGUGUGAGGCACACUCUUGUGGGCCAUUUGAGAAGUGUGCGCUGGUCAAGGGUGUUCAAGCGUGCCAACCACUGGGAAAUGCAACCUGCACAAUCGCUGGCGAUCCACAUUACAAAACUUUUGAUGGCACCACGUAUGACUUCCAAGGCACCUGCACCUACACCGCAGCCAAACUGUGCCAUUAUGAGGGUUCACAGCUCAAAAACUUCUCUGUGGUGGUCGAGAACGAGAAGUGGUCGUAUACCAAGAAACCAAAUCUGUCUGUGGCCAAGCUCGUUGCUGUGGAGGUGUACGGCUACACCCUGAUCCUCAGAAGGGACCAACGUGGAACAAUCAUGGUGGAUGACAAAUUGAAAAAAAUUCCACUCAGUCUCAAUGAUGGAAAAGUUGAAGUCUUCCAAGACGGCUUCCACUACGCCAUCACAACUGACUUUGGCCUGAAUGUGACUUAUGAUUUGGUCUACAGAGUCACGGUAACUGUUCCUGGAAACUACAAAGGCAAAACAUGUGGACUGUGUGGCAAUUUCAAUGACAACAAGACAGACGAAUUCGAGCUACCGGAUGGAAAAUUGACCAAGGACAUCAAGACCUUCGGAGCAGCCUGGAAAGAGCAGGUGUCGGGGGUGGUCUGUGAUGAUGGCUGCAGUGGAGACCUGUGUCCCAAAUGUGACAGCACACUGAAGGAAAUCUUCGAAAAAGAUUGUGGAUACCUCAAAAAUACUACUGGUGCCUUUGCUGCCUGCCAGAAGCUACUAAGUCCUGAGUCUUACUACAGAGAUUGCGUCUAUGACGUGUGCUUGUCCAAGGGAGACCGCAAAGUUCUCUGCCAAAGCAUUACAGCAUACGUGACUGACUGUCAGGUCAUUGGAGUAACCAUUGACAAGUGGAGGACGGCUGAAUUCUGCCCUGUCCACUGUUCAGAAAACAGUCACUACCAGAUCUGCACUGAAACCUGUAACUCUCCGUGUCCUGGUCUCACCGACAUCAUUAACUGCCCUGCUACUUGUGCUGAGGGCUGCGCCUGUGAUGACGGCUACUACUACAAUGGGACUGGCUGUGUUACCCUGGAGAACUGCAGUUGUUUCUUCAAUGGACAAACCUAUAAGAUCGGCGAGUAUGUAGAAACUGACUCUUGCCAGAAGCGCUGCAAGUGUACAACAUCUGGUCAAGUCCAGUGCGAGGCCUUC